AUGAUUGGAAAAGAUGAAGUCAAAUUUGAUAAAGAUGAUAUAAUUUUAAAUGGAAAUAGAUAUAAAGGAACUAAAGGUUUGUGGAGAUUAUUAACUCAUCAAAAAACUACCCCAAGAGAAUUGUAUACAGAUGACAUCAGAGCACGUAGCAGCCGACUGCCGAUCGCGUACACACAGCACGUGCACAUCCGGCUGACGGACGGCCUCAGCAGACCGUACACGCCGGUGACCCUGGGCGACGACGAUUGCUCGUUUGACGUCCUUGUCAAGGCCUACCCAGGUGGACGGUUCACUGGGCGGUUGUCGGAAAUGACCGUAGACGACGUCGUCACUGUGCGCGGGCCUUUCGGCGGCGUACGGUACGACGGAUACGAUUCUAUAGUUAUGUUUGGCGGUGGUACCGGUGUGGCCGCCUUCGUGGGUCUGAUUGGGUCGAUGUUAGACGAUGAUAAGUGCGAGACAUUGCUGAGACUGCACUACUCGUGUAAGACUCUCGACGGGGUGCUGAUGCGCAAGGAGCUGGCCGGUUACGCGGCUUACUGGAAUUGUGCGGUACAUUUGUAUUUGACAAGGGAACACGAUUGGUCACAGUGUUCAAAAUCCUUUUGGUACAAUGAAAAUAUAACAGAAGGAAGAAUAUCACAAGACUGUAUAGCUAAAAUAAUCGAUGAGCAGCAAAACUUGAGAACGUUAUGGCUCAUUUGUGGAAAUGAUGAAUUUAAUCAAUAUGUUUUCAACUCAUUAGUAAAUUACAAUAUUAAACGAGACAAUAUUCAAUCAUUAAAUAAUACUACAAAAGAUUUUGAAGUAUCUUGA